AUGGACGUUGACGCUCAUUUUACGAAGGAAGUGCUUUGUGCAAGUUGGCAAGGUUUCUUACACCAGGAUAAAUUAGCUUUGGAAGUAGGAGUAGGACUCUCAAAUGCUACUGAUGACGUAUUGAAUUUCCAACUCAUAAGCAACAGCAACUCGUAUUGCAUACACUCAAUUGAUAUCCGACCACAUAUCAAAUACGUUUUCUUGUUAAGGUCAUACGGCACCGGAGGAGUUUCAGUUUCUUUUUCUGAUGGCAUAAUGGUUUUAGACAAAGACGAAAUAACGCAUUCACUGUCCGUCAGUAUUGGGUAUGACUGCACCAGUCAAAUUGCAAAUACAUACCAUUUUACCUUAGCAAACAACUCAGCGCGUGUGACCAUUAAUAAACCGCUGCAUGUUGGCCAACGUUAUAUAAUCAACACUCCAUACAAAGCUGUUGUAACUUCAGACGAUGGAAUUGUCUCAGCAGAUGGCAAUGAAACAUUCAUUAGACCAUUUGUGAACAGACCGGCAUUGGUCAUAGAAGUUGAAAAACAAACCAUUGAGCGUGACGUUUUGGUUUUUUAUCUCACUUUAUGCCCAGUUCAGAACGUUCUUCCUCAGGCUAAACAAUUAGUUGUUAGCUGGAAGUUUCUUCCUGAGCAUCUGGCAUCUCUUUAUAAAAACGUUGAGCUAGCAUACAACGUUGGCGUCAGCGAAAGGGAUUCAAUCCUAGGAGAGCAAAAGACGUUUAUUGUACCUUUCCAACCGCAAAUCAAUAGCAGUUAUGCAAUUCUAAAAGAGCUUAACUUGAUAAGCAGCCAGAAGUAUAUUGCUGAAGUACAGGUCUGUUUAAAACUGGAAUGUGUAAAACCGGUACAAUCAAAUGAGUUUUCUUUUGAACGGCUUUUGAACCCCGUUUUGCGAAUAAACGAAGCAUCUCUAUUGCUUGGAGGCACGUGCGUUCAGGUCAAGUUACAUUGGUCAGUUGAGGAUAAUGAUAUUGUUACGGCAUUCUAUCAAUGGACGUUAGCUCAUGACGCAGAGGGUCGAAGAACUCUUUUCACAUGGAAAUCUAUUACCAAUGACUCUAUCGAUAUAACGGUUGAAGACUGUGUGGUACUGCCUGUCCAUGGACAUAUUUCAUCGUAUGCUUGUAUUAAAGCAUACUCCAUCAGCGGACAACUAAUGAGUAGCUGCAAAAAGCUAACAAAGUUAGAUUUUGGUACUUACGACGCAAAUGUUGUUUACGACUUUGAUACAAGAUCGGGAUCUUGGACGCAAAUCCAAUCGAUCAUUCACAGUUCGGAUGUUGGCGACAUGUAUACUAUCCUACAUGACAAUGAACUUGACUUUGGAACGAGUAAAUUAAGGCCAGCUGCAGCAGUUAUGCAUGCCAAUGAACGUAACGUUAUUUGGUAUUUGAUGACAUCACGCCAUGUACCCGAUGAAUGCGACACAGAUGUAGAUUGUUUAACGAAAAAGGUCACAACGGAUGGUUUUGCUAUUUUCAAUGAAACCGAUGUGUUCCUUGAUACACCAUUCUACUUGUGUGUUUCGUCGAACACGACUGUUGUUGAAAGGGAAUGGUUUUCUGAAACAUUGGGCGAAAUUCGGUCUUGCAGUGACGGAUUUAUUUUAAGUAACACGGCUCCAAUCCCUGGAAAAAUUAAUGUUCAAAACGUCAAUGGGUAUAUACCUGACAUCGAUCAUGUUGUUAUAACAUGGGAACCUUUUAAUAAAGAAACAGGCGCAACUCUAUUAGGAUAUCCAGAUAACAUACAACAUUACGCAAUCGGCGUUGGCAACAGUCCUAAGAGAGACGAUAUUGUGUCUUUCCGUAACACAGGAGGAGAAACUGCUGCCGUGUUAUCUCUACCUGCCAUCGCUGAUGGCACCUCUGUUUAUUUUACUAUCAACGGAUCAGACCAUUUCGAACAUUCGUCAGUGGCUGUUUCCACGGUGUUUGUAACGGACACAUCACCACCAAAGGAGGGUAUCAUUCACUUUGACCAACAACAUGCAUAUUACAGCAGUGACACAAUUAACAUAAGACUUGUUGGUUUUUAUGACGAUCACAGCGGAAUUAGUUAUUACAAUGUCGGAAUCGGAUCAAGCGGCAUCAUGGUGGAUACAUUAUCUAUGGCGAAGUAUUACUCAGAUAUCUUGGACAUUGAUCUUCGGGAAUUAAAUAUUCUUGAUGGCCAUGAAUACUUUAUUUUGGUGCAGGCGAUAAACAAUGCAGAUAUCCCGAGUGCAAUCGUGUCAAAACAAUUUAUCGUAGACAGGUCACCACCCUAUGGAGGUCACGUUUUGGAUGGAAACUGGGAAAGCAAGGUUGACCUUGACUAUCAAGCCGACACAUACACGAUCCGUGCAAAUUGGAAAGAUUUCUCAGACAUUGAAAGCGACUUAGAAUAUUACAAAGUAGGGCUCGGAACAGACCCCCUCUCUACAGACGUUCGAUCAUUCAUGGAUGUUGGUUUGAAGCAAGAUAUAAUGUGGAAUGGUCCGUUUAUCACAGGAGAAAAAUAUUACACAACAGUACAGAGCUGUAAUAAAGCUGGCCUUUGUACACAAAAAUCCUCAGAUGGAAUUAUACUAGACAAUUCGCCACCAAUCAUGGGCCGUGUACAAGCUGGGUCUGGUGUUCGACACAGCCGAUAUUUACCAUUAAAUACUUCACUGAGAAUACAAUGGGCUGGAUUUGAGGAUCCUCAGUCAGAUAUUAAUCAUUUUGAAGUGUGUUUAGGACGUCAGAAAAGCAUGUGCGAUAUUGUUCCUACAUCCAAUGCCCUUCUUCAGUCUUAUAUGAUUAAGUCGAAUAUAUCUCUGCCAAUAAAUAUGCCUAUUUUUGCAACUGUUUGGGCCUUCAAUGGAGUCGGAAUGAACGUUUCAAGUGCAUCUGAUGCGAUUCUCGUGGACAUAACUGCACCUUACAACAGAAUCAAGCCUUCAAUAAUGCUUGAGUAUAACACAAUAACGAACAACUCUGCUCAAUGGGAAAAGUCAAUUAUAAGUGUGUUUUGGGAAUUUUUAGAUGACGAAAGCCCGAUACUCAAUCACGAAUUAUCUCUGUUUACCCAUCAUGAAGGACACACUCCUUUUGAAAGAGUACAUAUUGGAUCAGAAAAACACUACACUAUUAACUUAGAUGGACGUAAUUGGCUGCACAAUGGCGACAAUUAUUUUAUUGUUAUUACUAGUUGUAACGCAGCAGGCCUAUGCUCAACAGAGAGAACAAAUGAUAUUCUUAUCGACUCUACUCCCCCACAUCAGGGUGGUCUAAAACCACAAAUGCUUUGGGAAAAUUAUAGAGAUACCAGUGGACUCCACUCCAAUGUUUCCAUAACUUGGUAUGGUUUCUACGAUCAAGAGUCUGGUAUAGAUAGAUAUUAUGUUACUGUUUCAAGAUAUUUCAGCAAGCAGGAACUGUCCGGUGGUGUCCUUAUCCAAAACCAUGAAAACUCUUCUGUUGAACAACAUGGCAAUUUCACACUUCAAGAAGCUUUAAAACCUGAUGAUCUUAUUAUAGUUUCUGUCUGGACUACAAACAGUGUAGGAUUAAACAGCUCGGUUGCACGUGUAUCCCUAUUUGCAUUGUCAAGUAUGCCAUCUUCCGUUAAUAUUGAAAAUCAGCGGGGAAUACUCGAACUAGAGAAGCACUCUUGUGACGUUCAUUUUUGCAACAAGGACUGCACAUGCGCUGUAGUUGGAAAACCAUGUAUUGAAGCUGAAACAAAUAUGUCCUGCGUCGAGAUUGAUGCAUUUAACUCGACUGAUAGCGACUUGACACGGUUUGUAGUUUUUGGAGGCCUUCACUCCAAGCCUUUGACUUUAACGGCAUCAUCAGCUUGUCUUGCCGGGCACUGGACCAAGAUCGAACACUCGAGAAAGGAUCCAGACAUUCAUAGAUUUGAGUGGAGUAUUGGAAUUCAUAAUCAGCCGCACGGAGAAGGGAUUUUCGAUUUACAAAAGGAGUUUCCCUGGGUUGAUAUAGGUUUACGACAAGAAUUUGUUCACUGCUUGCCCAUUAACAGAUCUCUUAUUCAUGGCGAGCUCUACGACAUUUACGUUAAAACAUGGUAUGGACCAAGUAAAUUCGCCAUAUUUACGUCGGAAUCUAUUAAAAUUGAUCUUACUCCCCCAAAUGUGCGUAGAGGACGAUAUAUCAUCGAAGGAAUGGACGAUUGUUCAACAGACCUUGACUUCAUAUAUUGGACCGGUCAGAUUUCGGCUUGUUGGUCCGGGGUCUUUAGUGAGCAGCAAAGCGAUAUACAUCAUUACUUGGUUGCUUUAGGAGCUUCACCGAAUGUUGAUGACGUAUUUAAAUCAGAAAAUAUGGGAUUGAAAACAAAUAUUUCCAUCGGUAAUCUGACUUUGGAGCACGCCGUUAGAUACUAUUUUACUGUCACUGCCGUGAAUACUGCAGGACUUCACACUUCGGUUUCGUCGGACGGAUUCAUAAUCGAUACGACCCCACCAUCAGAUGGCGUUGUUUAUAAUACAAAUGCGUAUAAAAACGUUGCAUACCAAUCAUCCGUCACAUCUCUAGGAAUUUCGUGGCAUGGGUUUCAGGACCAUUGUUCAGGAAUAAAAAGUUACUAUGUUGCUGUUGGGGAAAAACAUGAGCCUCCUUAUUCUAGUACGAAUUUUACACAAGUUUAUCUCAAGACGAGUGUUACGUUUAAGGAUUUAAAUUUAUUGCCUGGAAGCGUUUAUUACGGCGUGGUCAAGGCCAUUGAUGCCGCGGGACAUGAAAGUGAUGUCAUUGUUUCCCCAGGAGUUAUCAUCGAUUCUUCUCCACCCAAAGGCUACAACUGUGACCAAUUUGAAGACACGGGUGUUACUGAGUUGUUGGACGAUUCGAAGAAUAAUUGGACUAAAACAGUUGUUGCAAAAUUAGACAAAGAUGAAGUAUACAAAAUCGAAGGGUCCAUUAAAAAUACUUUUGUAGACUCAGUUAUUCUUCAAAUCAAUCGUUUCAUGACCAGAAUCCAAACUGCGCUGAAUCAUAAACAAAUUGCUGAUUUUUCAUAUACGUUUGUGUCAAUUGAAAAAGGGGCCCAGAAUAUUACCAUAAGUGUUGAAAAUAAUAUUAAUAAUUUCAAAAACAUCCUAGAAACAAUUCAUUUACAAAGAUGUGUGUCCUUUAUUGAAAACAAAACAAAAGCUCUUCAUGUUCAGCAAAUAAGACAUGAUUCUGUAGAUGUUACUGCUAUGAUUCAGGAUAAAGAAAGUGAUCUGAAAAUGGUACAUAUUGGUGCUGGUUCUACACCUGGAGGGUUUCAAAUUCAGCCAUUAACUGCCAUUCAUGCUAAUAUAAUGAGUGUGAUUGUUAAGGGCCACCUUGUGCAUGCAAUGAAAGUGUACACGACGGUUAUUGCUGAGAACAAUGCAGGACUGACAUCUGUUUUCAAGUCAACAGAACCAAUCAUUAUUGACCACACUUCUCCAAUUAUCACUGAUCUGGAGGCUUUAGCAACGGUAGUCUAUGUAAAUGAGUCGGGUGAAAUAGAUUCAAGAGUUCAGAUAAAUGCAACCUGGAAUGCGCUAGACGACGAGAGCGAUAUUAAACAGUGUACUUGUUCUAUUGGAAUGCUUCCAAACAAUAACAAUAUACAAGAACAAUGGUAUGCAGAUACUCUGUCAUCGUGUGAGUCGAACCUCCUGCAGCUUAAACACGGCAAUAAGGUGUGGGUCAAUAUCAACUGUGUCAAUAAUGUUGAACUAGCAACGACGAAAACUGUAGCUUCAAAUACCGUAUCCAUUGAUGUCAUUUCUUCAAACCAAGCGACAGUUAACAUUCUACCGGUAAACGAAGGUCUGAUCAGCUCAAUACCGCUUACUGUAGGCCCAACUAAAAUACAAUCAAAUACAUCCUUGGUUCAAAUCAGUUGGUCAGGAUUCGAAGAUACAUCCGGUAUUGACUUUUACGAAUAUUGCAUAUCGGACGAAAGAAAUGCCACUAUUGUAGACUGGACAAAUGUUCUCUUGAAGACAGUGGCAACUGCUCGCGGACUAACAUUACACAAUACAGAAACAUUGAACGUAAGCGUCAGGGCCACAAACACUGGACAUCAUAGAAGUGAGGCCGUUCAUGCUUCCUUUUUCACUAUCAGUCAGCCUCCAGCUUUGUCAGGAAGCCCUAUGUUUGUAACUCGAAACGAGCAUCUUAUUCACAUCGAUUGGGAACAGGCCUUCGAUACUCUUCCGGAAAUUCCAGUUGUGUACAGCCUCGUUGUGGGAUCCAGAGAAGGAUUCACCGACAUUCUGGAUAUCGACUAUUACUCUGGACAUACAUAUGAUAUUGUGGCUCCAUCGUCUACGCUUAUUUCCCCGAAGAUAACAGAAUUGUUCUUUACUAUAACAUGUACUUAUCCAACAGGGAUGUCCAGCGUGUACAGGACAAUAUUCACAUUGUAAUAAUUUACUUGCCAGUUGCAACACUUGUUUUUUGCAAAGCUGGUGUUUGUGUUAUUACAUUUCAUAAGGUUGCUUUCAGUAUAUUUACAUAUAUGCCUUAAUGUUGUGUGAUGUCGUUACUCUUUUUUAUUGUUAUCUUAACCAUUGUAAUUCGAUGCAGGCGGAAAACCGUGGACUAAUUAUUUCAACAUAACGUCUAACUAUAUUGCUUUAUAAAAAUACUUUGUAUUUAUAUACGUUUGCCGUGAUUUAUUUCCAAUCUUUGCAUGUUGUUGGGUAUUAACAUACUAAAUUGAGUCGUGGUUUGUAUUGCUUCCGUUUCUAUAGUUACACAUAUCAUUGGCAAUAUAAUCAUUAUGUCUGAGGUAUUCUGUUUUUCUACAAUCUUAACCACAAACUCAAUUUAUUCGGUAUUUAAGG